GUUGGUCGGAGGUUACUUGACUAAAUAGCGAUAAUUAUGUCAGAUGUGGGGAAAUUGCCGUUCUAUUGCGGCUAGUUAGUCACGACGAGUUGUAAGAGGGUUUAGAGUGAAUGCGCGAAAAGCGUCUGUCGCGAUUGAUUGUAAAAAAAAAAUCGCUGAGAAACAGGCAAAGUUGAUCCGCGACGAGAAACAUAUGGUGAGGGUUCUUGCGCGUCGCACCAGACGGGAAAACCGUCUUGCCAACAUCAUCUGGCCUUGAUGCAAAUACGUAAUCAGCUGUCCUUGCCACUCGCUUAUCUCUUCUGAUAACGACGACGACGACAACGACUCGCACAACCACCGUCUUUUCUUCGUUCGCCAGUUUAUCGCCUUUUUUUUAAACCGCUCUUCCGCACGUUUGUUGCUCCUCUAGGAAGCGACCGCCAAAAAAAGCUUUUUCUCGGAGAGAAGAAAAAAUUUGUCGAUCUUUAGGUGGUCUAUUUGCUCGCAAUAUAUCGCGUGAUUACGAUCUAAAAUUUAUGAUUUGUUGUUGCAGUUGCAUGAGAGAUGAAUACCGUUUGCCUAGAUAAGUGAUAAAUUCAUUGAAUGAUUCGGUAAAUUUAUAUACGUACCUUAUACACACAAUAGUGAUUUGAAAAUCAACGAUACACGUACUUAUUUAUGUGAUAACAGGAAAAAAAAGAGUGAAAAGAUAAGUUCAAAAAGCCUUAUGUGUGGUGUAUCUGUGAUUAAUAUUUUCCAUAUUACAAUGGAAUCUUUGAAAUGAGAUGGAAUAAUUGGAAAAGACUUUGCUGGACAAUGUGUGCUACUUCAAAUGUGAUAUCUUGACAAACAGGGGACUUAUUUUUCUUGACAACAAUGGCGUGUGAGGCUCUUAUUUGGGGACUGUUGUUCAUAGGAUGCAGUAUACAGAUGUUAAGGGCGCUAUCCGAAGAUGAUCCAAUAGAAUAUAUGAACAAGGAAGAAAGAGAAGCAUUGAAGGAAGAAGCGAGAGAUAUGUUUUAUCAUGCAUACAAUGCAUAUAUGGAUAAUGCAUAUCCUGCUGAUGAACUAAUGCCAUUAAGCUGCAAAGGACGAUACAGAGGCUCGGAAAGAGACAGGGGUGAUAUAGAUUCUACAUUGGGAAAUUUUUCACUUACUUUGGUGGAUACACUAGAUACAUUAGUGGUGCUGGGAGAUUUGGGAGAAUUCGAGAACGCAGUCAGACUUGUUGGUAGGGAUGUAAGCUUUGAUACAGAUGUUAUUGUUUCUCUGUUUGAGACAAAUAUUAGAAUGCUUGGAGGUCUUCUUAGCGGUCAUAUAUUAGCUGAAUAUCUACAACAGAGAGCUGAUAUAAUGCCAUGGUACAGAGGAGAACUUCUGGACUUAGCUAAAGACUUGGGAUAUAGAUUUUUACCUGCAUUCAACACAACUACCGGAAUACCUUAUGGCAGGAUAAAUUUAAAACAUGGUAUGAAAGGAGUUCCUAUGGAAGUGUCAAGAGAAACAUGCACCGCUUGUGCAGGUAGCAUGAUAUUAGAAAUGGCUGCUCUGUCACGAUUAACAGGCGAACCGAUUUUUGAAGAAAAGGCGCAAAAAGCUAUGGACGUUUUGUGGCGAAUGAGACAUCGUGGUACGGACUUGAUGGGAUCUGUGCUAAAUGUUAACUCUGGAGAUUGGGUAAGAAGAGAUUCUGGCGUUGGUGCUGGCAUAGACUCUUACUACGAAUAUUGUCUGAAGGCAUACAUUUUACUUGGUGAUGAGAAAUAUUUAGGACGUUUUAACAAACAUUAUCAGGCUGUGAUGAAGUAUGUCAGUCAAGGGCCGAUGUUGUUAGAUGUACACAUGCACAGACCGAAUACAAAUUCAAAGAAUUUUAUGGAUGCUUUAUUGGCCUUUUGGCCAGGUUUGCAGGUGCUCAAAGGUGAUAUCAAACCUGCCGUGGAAACGCAUGAAAUGUUGUAUCAAGUUAUGCAGAGACACAACUUCAUACCGGAGGCAUUUACCACUGACUUUCAGGUGCACUGGGGACAUCACCCGCUGAGACCGGAAUUUCUAGAGUCAACGUACUUCCUGUACCGAGCGACGGGCGAUCAUUAUUACUUGGGAGUCGGACGUAAGGUACUCAAAAGUCUGCAAACGUAUGCAAGAGUGCCGUGCGGUUACGCAGCCGUAUCAGAUGUUAGAACUAAUAAACACGAUGACACGAUGGAUAGCUUCGUAUUGUCCGAGACAUUUAAAUACUUAUUUUUAUUAUUCGCGGAACCAGGGGAAUUGGUUUUAGACUUGGACGAGUUUAUUUUUACCACCGAGGGCCAUUUGUUGCCGCUCACGCUCGCCUCUGUAAGAUCAAAUAUUUCAUCUGAUUUCGAGCGCGAUAUUGUGCACGUGGACGAGUUUGAUCGCACUUGCCCAAAUAGUUUGCACUUGUUCCCGGCGUCGGUGAGACAACCCCUAAGGAAUAUGGUAGAAGAUGUCUGUCCGCGACGAGCGAUCAAACGAAGAUUAAGCGCGUCACAAUUUCAAGCGAAUAACUUGGAACAUCUGAAAAUAUUGAGCGAUAUGGGAAUAACAACUUUAACACUUGCAGACGGGAGGGUUCAGCUUUUGCACACAUUUUCUAAUGCAAAAACGCCGCAAGAUUCGGAAGAAGGAUUGCUGUUCAUGCAAGAAAUGGUCGAGCUAAGCAAAAUGCAAACGCAGCACCCAGAAACUAAACCGCAAACGGUUACGUUUGCAAAACCCAACGCGGAUCCGCCAGAAAAAAUCACACUGUUGGCUGGGCCAGCUCAAUUUGGGCCUGAAUUACAGAGCUUCGAUAAGGUUACUGGAAAAGUGGUAUUCACGUAUCCACCCGCAGCUUGUACAGAUCUGCUCAAUGCAGAUCGAUUGGCAGGCAAAAUAGUAAUCAUGGAUCGGGGAAAUUGCAUGUUUAUAGAAAAGGCACGAAGAAUUCAACGAGCUGGUGCAAUUGCCGGAAUAGUAUUGGAUAAUGUUGCUGGUUCGAGCGCGGCAACUUCGCCCAUGUUUGCAAUGUCUGGCGACGGAAAAGAGGUGGAUGAUGUCACGAUUCCUGUUGUAUUUCUCUUUUUCACGGAAGCAGCUGAGUUGAUGAAGGCUAUUAAUGCAGCGGAUGGCGAUCUAACUGUUACUCUCGGGGCGUAUUCUAAAGAAGAAGUUCAACUCAAAGCACCAACUGAUCUGUCACUUUUCGAACGUUUAAAAGGAUCUUUAAAAUCGUUUCUUAGCCGGCACAUGUCCUCACAGGCGACAACUGUCGGGUCGAGUUUGGACAUCAAGAUGCCUCUAAUUGAGUUGCAAGAGAACCAAGAGGACACUAUCGAUUUUUACUACUUCCACGCGGACAUAAUCAAAGAUUCGCUUGGCGGUGAAGUGAGAAUCACUGCCACGGCCGAAGCUACAAUUAUUACUUUAAAACCAGUUUCCACGCAUGUUGAGAUUCUGUGGCAUCAGUUGAAGGAAGCGUUCGUUAAUAAGAUAUUCCUCAACAGUAAACAAAACAAAGGUAUAAGGAUCAGAAGUUUCAUUCUGGAGAGUUACUACAAUUGGGUGAAUAAGGCGCGCGGUGUACUCACCAAAACAUCAUUAUCUUACAAAGUUCGGUGGUUCUUAAGUGAACUGCUGGUCGUUGCGCCAAACUCAUCUGUUAAGAAGAUGUCGCAGCUACUAGAGCCGAACAUACAGAAGUUGUUCAGACAGUAUUUGCUCACCAACAUGGAUAAUACCGUGCUAAGUUUAAAGACCGUAGCUACAAAAUUGAAGAGUAUAAAAUCGGUGAGACCCGAAAUGGAUCAGUUGGUGAAAAUCUCGGAGUGCGGUCUUGCGUUGAUCGAGAAUUACUCGUUUCUGCGUCAUGUAAUAUCUGAUCUGUUCAAAGAAGAAGACGAGAUCAUCAAUCAACACAUCGCACUUUUGGAUUACAUUCAUGCGGAGGUACACGAUACAUAUCAAGAUGUACUGAUCGACGGAGUGCAAAGGCUCUGGCGAAAUCGGGAUUUGGAGAAAUCGGAAGAAGACGAUAGUUCGUAUUACGACGUAUUGAUUGCUGAUCUGCAAAAGAACUUAAAAAAUCUGCAAAAAAAGGAAAACUUUAUGGGAAUAACCGAGAUGAACGAUGUUAGAGUCGCAGAAUUUAUAAGCGAUAGUAACGGAGGUAAAGUGGAAAUCGAUAAGAAUGCUAGAAUCUCGAAGAAGGAUAAAGAGUCGAGCGUUGAAAAAAUAGAAGACUUCGAGCAUUUUAUACUGUCGGAAAUAGAGAAAGCUGUGAAACAUUCUCAACAAAAUAAUCCGUCGAAGCACAAAGAUAAAAGCGAUGUAUUCACAAAUGUAGAUGAUAAAAAGGAUAAGGAAGUUAUUAAAUCUGAAGAAAAUGUUCUGCACUCUUCUCAGAAUCAAAGCAAAGACGACGAUAGGAAAAGAAAAGUUGUGAAAAAAGUUCAAAAGAAGAUAGACUUGCUAUUGGACGAAACGGUGAAUAUAGAACUUGAUGAAAAGAUCAUCGACAACAAGCGGAAAAAAAAUUCCAUUAUGGACUCUGUACCGGAUCUUAAGAAGUCUCAAAAUUUCGAUACGCCUGUGAUUACGGAUGUUUCCGAUGCAAAUACAGAAGAUUUUUCCAACAAAAGACAUACUUUGGAGAAAAAUAUCGGCGAUACACGGAAUACCUAUGAAACCGAAUCUAUAAUAAAGUCGUCCGAUCAACAAAAUUUACUCGAAAACGACGUUACGUCCACUGACCCAGUGAAAGAAUUAGAAAACUCUAUGAAUGAAGAAGAAGACUUGACGGCGGUUAAGAAGAACUCGCAAACAGAUUCGCGAUCUAGCACAACAGAACCAAAUAUAACAGAGAAGGAGAAAAAACACAGCAGCAAAGAUGAUAAAGUUAAGAAAAUUACACAAAAAUCACAUUUAGCUAAACAUAUCGAUGAUGAAUUAUAACAAUAGCUUUCGGGAUUUAGGCUAAAUUAUGAUUAUUAUACAAAGAAUCAAUUUUCAACGGGCGUAAGACUAACUUGCACUGUAAACUGAUAUUUUUGCACUGUGAUCCAGAUGUGUGUAUGUGUGUGUAAUGUGUGUGUGCGCGCGCGAGAUAAAAAUAAUUAACUUUACACACAUGCACACACA